AUGGACGCGGCACCUCCUGCCGCCGGCCGUGUCGUCGCGCCGUCAGCCGCGACGGCUCGGCCGCGCCCUCGCUUCACCGGGCUCUCAGCCAGGCCCGGGUCGGCCGGCGGCAGCGCUGCCGCCCCGCCUGCCGGUGGCAGCGGCGACGCGACCGCCAUCGUGCCGCAAAAGGCGCCGCGGCCGCGCCGCCGCUUCAUCUCGCAGAUUCCGCCUUCGAUCGCCGAUGACCCGGAGCUCCAGUCGGCCCUGGGCGCGCUGCCGUCCAACUACAACUUUGAGGUGCCAAAGACCAUCUGGCGGCUCCAGCAGCUCAAGGCGUCGGCCGUCGCACUGCAGUUCCCCGAGGGCCUGCUCAUGUAUGCGACGACGAUUGCCGACAUCCUCGAGCGCUUCGCGGGCGUGUCGGCCGUCAUCAUGGGCGACGUCACGUACGGCGCCUGCUGCGUCGACGACAUCUCUGCGGCGGCGCUCGGCUGCCAGCUGCUGGUGCACUACGGCCACUCGUGCCUCGUGCCGGUCGAUCAGAUGGAGACCGACGUGCUGUACGUCUUUGUCGAGAUUGCCAUCGACACCGCGCACCUGGUCGACUCGCUGCGGCUCGCCUUCACGUCAGCGCCGUUCGGGCCCGCCACGCGGCUCGCGCUCUGCGGCACGAUCCAAUUCGCCGGCUCGCUGCACGCGGUCCGCGCCGCCCUCGAGCCGCACCUCGCCUCGGUGACGGUCCCGCAGUGCAAGCCGCUCUCCGCCGGCGAGACGCUCGGCUGCACCUCCCCGAAGCUGCACGACGUGGACGCGGUCGCCUUCGUGGCGGACGGCCGCUUCCACCCCGAGUCGGUGAUGAUCUCCAACCCGAGCGUCCCGCUCUACCGCUACGACCCGUACUCGAAGCAGCUCACACUCGAGGUGUACGAGCACGCGCGGAUGCACGAGCUGCGGCGCGCCGCCGUCGCCACCGCCGCAAGGGCGCGCAGCUGGGGCAUCGUCCUCGGCACGCUCGGCCGGCAGGGGUCGCCCGCCGUGCUCGGACACGUGCAGCGUAUGCUCGCGGCGCGGAGGAUGCCCUUCGUCACCGUGCUCCUGUCGGAGGUCUUCCCCGCCAAGCUCGCCGCCUUCGGCGAGGUCGAGGCGUGGGUGCAGAUCUGCUGCCCGCGCCUCUCCGUCGACUGGGGGCACGCCUUUCCGGUGCCGCUCCUCUCGCCUUACGAGGCGGAGGUCGCGCUCGGCGCCUCGGAGUGGCUCUCAACCUACCCGAUGGACUACUACUCCAAGGCGGGCGGCACGUGGGCAAACUACGCGCUCGAGCAUGACCGUAAGGCCAGCCGCGAGCGCUGCUGCAAGAGGGCGGCCGCGGUGGAGGCCGCGGAGGGCGGUUGCGGGCAGGGCGGCUGCGGGCAGGGCGGCUGCGGGCAGGGCGCUACGCCCUCUCCGCCGCCCUCGCCGCCCGCGUCGCCGCCCUCCUCGCCGCGCGCGAGCGGCGAGGCGAGCGGCUGUUUGGCGGGAGGGGGAGGCUACUCGCUGGUGGACGACGGCGUGCGUCACGGCGGCGGGCUGCUCGAGCGGUGCUGCGCGCUCGAGAGGCGGUGCUUCGCAAAGCACGAGGCGAUGGACCUCCCCGCCGAGACGCGCGGCCGCGGCGCCCUCCUCAUCUGCGCCAUUGCGGCGCCCGCGUGGCCUGACUUGGGCAGCAUCGCCGCCGCGGGCGACGGCCGGCCGCCGCCGCCGCAGGUGGCGGGGUACCUCGUGCUGCAGCGCUCCUCCCUCGCGGCCUCCGUCGCGAAGCUCGUGGUCGCACCGGCGCACCGGCGCCAGGGCCUCGGCCGGCGGCUGCUCGAGCGCGCCCUCCAGAUCGCGAGGGAGGGGCGCGCGCAGCUGUGCAGCCUCAAUGUCGACACGAGCAACGAGCCCGCCCUGACGCUCUACCGCGGCGUCGGAUUCCGCGUCGCCUCCACGCGGAGAGACUAUUACUGCGUCGGCCGCGACGCAUACGCGAUGGAGGUUUCGCUGGCAGAGCAGUGAGCGGUGCAGGCCGCGGCAAGAUUGAUGCAGCCCCGCAGCAAAAGUCGAGUGUCAGUCCAGUGGCAAUUAGCCAAUGAAUUGAAUGUCGCGCGGUCUCAUGUGUUCCACGACCUUACGCGGAAUGCAAAAUAUGCGUUUUACGGGGC